UUGAGUGCACUACCAACGGUCACUCCACUUCCGCCGUAGUAACGCUCAGGGCGGACAUCAGAGCAGCCUGUAGAGACAGACCUGUCCUGGCCAGGCCAACAUUCCCAGCCGAAUUGACCUCAGCCUCUGUCAAGCACUGCGUCAGGAGAUGGAGGUGGCAGAAACAUCUAACCCAUCUUUCAGACGUGUGCUGGUCUUCUUCUUCUUGCUGGUUCUGCUGGAUCGAUGCUCCAAUAAGUAUCCCAAGGAUCCGAGGUUUAAGAUCAAAUGUCAGGAAGUUUACGUAAGAAACAAACUGUCAAGUCUUUCAUGUACAGCGGAUAAGAGCGUAUUUGACCAGAAGUGCACUAGUGAACCAGCCAGAAACCUUCGAGUUCGAUAUGAACGCGCUGAUUUGAUGAAUGAAACGUUAACAACCGCACCACCACCACCAGCUAAACCACUCCCACCAAAGGAAGAAUUUCCCCUAUGGGCAGCAAUUCUCAUUGCACUUGGCAUUGCCGGUUUGAUUGCAUUGGUGGCGUUCCUAGUGUGGAGAAAACGUCGGCAGGCCCAAGGUCCCGUACAAGAUACAGGAGGAGAAGUGGCUGAAAGAGAAGGUGAAGGAGAAGGUGAAGGAGAAGGUGAAGGAGAGGAUGAAGGAGAAGAAGAGGAAGCUGAAGGGGCAAGUGCCGAAGAGUCACAACAACCAGAAGAAGCAGCAGAAGGGUAA